AUGGUUUACAAUCAGCUGCGGUCCUUCAGGGCACCUUUAAUAUGUGUUCUCGGUUUCCUCGUUUUCUUACUGAUCUUCUGGUUAGUCGAAUUGCCCCAGAAUAAUGGUGGCCUCCAGAAAAAUUCUCCCCUGCCCCCGCCCAUGCACCAAAAAGCAAUUGUUCAUCAUGGAAGCCUGCUAAGUCUAGAGGCCGAACAGGACCUGUCCCCUAACCCCGCAAGGUCGCAGGAGGAUCAGGACCUGGAGUCCCUGCUGCGGGGCAACGAGGACGAGGGCUGGGCCCAGGGACCCAAAUGCGCCCCGUAUCCCCGCUUCGACGACAUCAAGUUCCCGAACCCAUCCUUCCAGCUCACGCGGCACGGCAACCUGAGCUACUACCUGUACGGGGCGUACUACGACCGGAGACCCCGGAUGCCCGAGGUGAUGGUCCUCGUCAUGGUGACCACGAGCGAGGGUCCCUAUCCCGAGACCCAUUUGCAAACCUGGUUCGAUGGAGAUACCGUGCCGGAAACGCUGAGUCUACAUGAGACCAAAGUGGCCUGGUACUCGGAUUGGGGCACUAGACCGGGCCUGGUGUAUCCCACACUCCUGACCUUUCAACUGAAGUCCCCGCGGAUCCCGCAGCUGGUGAGCCUGGUCUUUGGUCAUCCCUGUGCCGUUCCACAAAAUGCACUGAAAGUGAUCCAACCCCCCGCCGAAGAGCCACCCAAUCCAUAUCGGCCCCUAAGAACCGGCAUUUGUGUCAAGUAUCUGCAUUUUCCGGAUGUCGAUAUGUCUGAGAGAUUGGUCGAAUGGCUGGAACUAAUGCGGUUACUGGGAGCGGGCAGGGUUACGGCCUAUGAUAUAGGGGAACUGAUGCCGAACACCUCGAGAACCCUGGCCCACUACUCGAGAUCUGGGGAUGGUCUGCUGGAUCUCAGGAAAUUCGAGUUUCCCCUUGAGACCAAGGAACACAAGAGAUUCCAGCACAUCAUCAGCGAAGUGCUGCUCUACAACGACUGUUUCUAUCGCAGUCUAUAUGAUUUUGACUUUGUGGCCAUGAUGGAUGUGGACGAGGUGAUUAUGCCGCUGGGCAAGUAUCUCAGCUGGUCGGAUUUACUGAGGGAACUGCAAAUCAGGGAUGUGAAUUGCACCGCCCGCAGUAGCUAUUGCUUCCGGAACGUGUACUUUCCCAAGGAACUGCCCGAGGAUUCAAGCAUUCCCAGUUCAUUCUACAUGCUGCGGCAUGUGGUUCGAGUGGCAGAACACUUGAAUCCCGCCCUGGCCAUCAAGUGCUUUCAUAGCACCGGCCAUGCGAGUGUGUUGCACAACCACUUCGCCCUCCAAUGGAUGGACGCGUGUGGUCCCCAGGAUGUCAGUCCCGAUCUUGGCCAGCUGCAGCACUAUCGGCAUGUGGACAAUGUGAAGACCCUGGAGGAACCGGCGCCCAAGCGGGAUGACAAUAUCCGGCGAUUCCAGCAGCAACUCAUCCACAACUCGAUGGCCGUCCAUCGACAGCUGGGCUGGGGAGCAGCAUAUUGAUUAUAUUUUAAUUGCUUCUUCGGCACAUUUAAGAGGCUUAAAUUGGCGGCCACGUGUCCAUCGUCCACCGGGCUUUGUACGUGCCACCUUUUGACCCCCGGCCACGUCACCAGGAUAAUAAUUGCUUAUUGCAGAGUGUGUGGCACAAAAGUUUCCUUUUUCCAUUUAGCUUAGCCGCAUCAGGGGCGUAGUUCCACUUUUAGUUUCACUUUCGGUCUCGGAAUAGUGGCACACGUAGUCAAAAAAAAUGCAUGAGGGGGGCUUUCAAUAUAGUUGUCACUCAGGUGUUUACUAAAAAAAUAACGAACUACAAAAUAUAUGAGGGUGGCAUUAUAUUUUAUGAUUAAUAACCAUGACAAUGAAUAAUCAUUUUUAAGGACACACAUGGUAAAAAAAAAUU